AUAGAGUACAAAAAGUCUGAUAAAUUUUGUUCUUAACUGUAUGUAGAACUUCAAAAUAAAAACAUCACUUUCUCACUGCAAUUUAUGUUUUAUUGUGCCAUCGUCAUUUCUUAUCUCCCCUAUUCUCAUCUCAGCCAACCUACCCUUUGAGCUUAGUGUCUCAGAACGAGAAUGAGAAGAAGGCCCAGAAACUUGGUAGAGAGGUGGUGAUGGUGAAUGCUGAGGAGCCGACCCUCAGAAAGCCAGAGAGGGAACAGUGUCAGUUUAUUGGCCACAUGCCUAUAACCACGGCAGCAAGGAGAUUGUUGAUGUCCAAUGUGACUAUCUUCAGUUUCCCAUCCUGGAUGGCAUAGUAAAUCCUACAAUAAGAAAAGACUUGAAAACCGUACCGAAAUUCUACUGUUGUCCAAUUGAAGGAUGCCCUAGAGGCCCUGACAGACCAUUUUCUCAAUUUUCUCUCGUAAAACAGCACUUUAUGAAAAUGCACGCUGAAAAGAAGCAUAAAUGUAGUAAGUGCAGCAAUUCGUAUGGUACUGAAUGGGACUUGAAAAGACAUGCAGAGGAUUGUGGCAAGACCUUCCAGUGCACGUGUGGCUGUCCUUAUGCCAGUAGAACUGCAUUACAGUCCCAUAUCUACCGAACUGGCCAUGAGAUCCCUGCAGAACAUAGGGAUCCACCUAGUAAGAAAAGGAAAAUGGAAAACUGCCUGCACAACCAGAAGUUAUCCGGUAAGACCAUUGACUCAUUGAGCAACCAACCAACCCCAAGACCAGACACUCAAGAAUUAGAAACUUCAGAAAUAAAGCUAGUCACUUCCUUUGAAGAUUCUUGUGGCUCUAAUGCCAGAAAGCAAACUCUUACAUCAUCAGCUCCAAAAUAUCCUCAGAAGUUGCUUUUACCAAAGCCUAAAGUGGCUUUGGUUAAACUACCUGUCAUGCAGUUUUCCCCCAUGCCUGUCUUUGUGCCUACAGCUGACUCCUCGGCCCAGCCUGUGGUGUUAGGUGUCGAUCAUCAGGGCUCUGCCCCGGGUGCUGUGCACUUACUGCCCUUGUCAAUAGGAACUCUGAUCCUCGGCCUUGAUUCAGAGGCCUGCUCUCUUAAGGAGAGCCUCCCUCUUUCAAAAAUUGGAAAUCCUGUUGCUGUUGAGCCAAUUAGUACAGGUGUUCAAGUGAACUUGGGUAAAAGUCUGACUAAUCCUCUACAAGAACUAGGAAACACAUGUCAAAAGAACAGCAUUUCUUCAAUCAAUGUUCAGACAGAUCUGUCUUAUGCCAUGCAACACUUUAUACCUUCUGCACAGUGGGUGAGCCCUGAUUCCUCUGUAUCAUCUUGUUCUCAAACUGAUUUGACGUUUGGUUCUCAAGUUUCUCUUCCCAUUAGUGUUCAUACUCAAACGUUUUUGCCCAGUUCUAAGGUAACUUCAUCUAUAGCUGCUCAGACUGAUGUGUUUUUAGAUGCCUGUUUCCAGUCAGGUGGGAUCUCCAGAGAAACUCAAACCAGUGGAAUGCAAAAUCCGACAGAUGACCGAGUACAGAUGAACCAAGCUGUAAUGUGUGGAGACAUUUUUGAGAGUGUCCAUUCGUCAUACGAUGUUUCUACAGACAAUAUUAUAAGCAACAGCUUAGUAGCAGAGACUGUAACUCAUGGCUUGUUACCUCAGGACCAUCCCAAGACUUUAAAUCAAGAUAUUGAGAAAUCUGCACCAAUUAUAAACUUUUGUGCACAAAACAGUAUACUUCCUUCACAGAACAUGACAGAUAACCAGACCCAAACUAUAGAUUUAUUAAGUGAUUUAGAAAACAUCCUAUCAAGUAAUAUGCCUGGUCAGACACUGGACAAUCGUAGUCUUCUGUCUGACACGAGUACUGGACCUGACACCCAGCUCGCAUCUGGCCCAACCCAGAAUCCCGCAAUUGAUUUUGAUAUUGAAGAGUUCUUUUCAGCCUCAAAUAUCCAGACUCAAACUGAAGAGAGUGAGCUUAGCACCAUGACUACUGAGCCAGUCUUAGAAUCACUAGACAUAGAGACCCAAACUGACUUUUUACUCGCAGACACCUCUGUCCAGUCCUACAGUUGUAGGGGAAAUUCUAAUUUCUUAGGCCUUGAAAUGUUCGACACACAGACACAGACAGACUUAAACUUUUUUUUAGACAGUAGCCCUCAUCUGCCUCUGGGAAGUAUUCUGAAACACUCCAGCUUUUCCAUGAGUACUGAUUCAUCUGACACAGAGACCCAAACCGAAGGAAUCUCCGCUGCUAAAAACAUGCCUGUUCUAGAAAGCAAGGUUCAGUUGAACAGUACAGAAACACAAACCAUGAAUUCUGGCUUUGAAACCCUGGGGAGCUUAUUCUUCACCAGCAAUGAAACCCAAACAGCAAUGGAUGACUUUCUUCUGGCCGAUUUGGCCUGGAACACGAUGGAAUCUCAGUUCAGCUCUGUAGAAACCCAGACAUGUGCAGAACUACACACAGUUUCCAACUUCUAGAAGAGGAGUCCACAUGUGGGAUGGUGUUUACCAUUUCCUCCUGGAUCUAGAAAAUGGAGAAUGGAGACAACAAACAGUAUUAACUCUGUUGAAUGUAGUUGAUAUUCCGUUGCUUCGAUUCUUUGAGGUUCUUUGCCUUUUGUACUUGUAAACAUGAAAUUUGUGUAUAAAUGUGAGUGUAUCAUAAAGUGUAAGAUGAUGAUAUAAAAAGAUUGUAUUGUGUUGUCUACAUUUGCCCUUUUACAUGUAGUCUUUCCAUCUUUAAAGAAAAGGAAUUUCACGCCUUUAAAACCCAUCUAGCCAUUUAGUUGAAGCCAAGCUUAACAGGUACAAGGGUAAAAACUUUUGAAAUCUUCAAAAUAUUUUAUUCGAAGUGUGACUUACAUAAAUUGCACCUAAAAUAUUUUUGACAGUACUUGUUAGAAAUUCCUGUUUCCCGAUAGUAACACCUAAAGAAAUCUGAUGCUGUACCGUCAGAUUUAAACACCAAUGCUUAGAUGGUUUGAGACUCAUGCUGCCUGCAGCUUCAUCUCCUUUAACAUCUUUUCUUACUUGAAGACACAAAGGAAAACUACAUCUGCCUUUAGCUUUUCAGAUAGUUUUCAUGUACUUAUUCUCAUCCCUUCUCUACAUGAACUAUUAUUGACACCAAUAUAAGUAUAUAGUACUUUCCUCACAAGGCGUGUGUUACUGUAAAAUUACUGCUUAAAGUGGUAGCAGCAAGCACUUAGUGUAAAUACUGGUCCUUCUAGAUUAAAUAACAGUCAUGCCCACUGUGGACACACUGGGUUGUGGAAUCAUGCCUGUUAGCUCAUACUGGAGUAUACCCUACAAACAUCCCCUCUCACUCUCUACAGUAGGCCAGGGUAGUGCUCCGGAGCUGUUCGUCAAAGUGUACCCACAGCUAGACCUGAGUUUUGUCACUAUAAAUGUUAAUAAAAAUAAUAAUGGAAAGAAAAAAGGACAUUCUUCACCCUAAAUUUCAGUGCAUAAGCUUGAAAGGGAAGAGUGCAAUCAAUUAUUUUAAAGCAAAUCUUUUCAUACACCUUUCAUCAUUUCCUUGAAUAAGGAAAGACAUUGGUCUAGAAAGAAUAUUAUUUGUGCCUUGAGGAUAGCAGUUAUAGAAUAGAUCCAUCUUCUGCAUUUUGUUGCUUUAUUUAUUUGUUUAGAGAGGGUAAUACCAACCAGUCUGUAAAGAAAACUAGUAAAAGGCAACUGCUUCGAUAAUUAAGAACAUCUGUGUUUUGAGAUGGGAGCAUGGUUCAAGAUGCUUUUGGGGUUUUCUGUAUUUAGGAUAUCCUGAAUUCUUGAUCAUUGGCCAACUUUAAGACAAGUUAAAAUCAGUGUAGCCUGUAGGUUGUCUAAGUUUACCAAAAAAAAUGCUCUCUUCAGUGGCACAUGCUUGUGCCGCUGAAGGCUAAAUCCUCAAAACCUGAAGAGGGGACUAAUAAUAAUUUAUGUAAUUGAUGGUGUUGCUAAUUCCUGUUCCAUGGAAGAAUUGUUGGUAAUGGACAAAUAGCGUAUCUUGAGCAAUCGAACCCAACCUGGUAGAUAAAUUUUGCUUUGGUCACAGUUGCCUCUGAAUAUGAGUUUCAAAACAAACAUAAAGCCUUAACUUAGAAUUUCAUUAUGUUUUGGAAUCGUCACUGCCUUAAUGUUCAAACAUCUAUUUAAGUCCUCUUAGUAAAAGAGAAAUGCAUGUUUGUUUAUGGCUUUUUGUAAAUAUAAAUGCAGCGAUCUAUGGCUUUAAUUUUUUUGUUUGUUUGUUUCUGUGACAGUGUUUGUUUAUCCAGCCAAUAGAGUUAUUUACAGAAAAAUGGAGCAUGUAAUAGUUCUUCAUGUAGAAGUAAGAACUGUUUCCCCCAAAACCUUAGUUACCUGAAUUGUUCUAAGAUUAUUUGUAAAAACAAAUUCAGUGAUUAAAGAGAAGUAAGAAUUCUA